GCAAGUUGUACCGAUGCCAUCCAUUUACGCGACUGCGCCAACCUACGGGCUCAGCGUCCUUUUCAAUUUUGCUGAGCGAGUGCACGUGACGUAUGAAUUCCACAGAAGACGUAUCCGUGGCAAGUCUGAAUUCGCAAACCCAUUUACAACUUAAAAGGUCUCGAAUCUACUUUCUGCCUUUCCAAUACCACUAUUUGGUAAUAAUUAUCCUACUUGUCCAUCAAAAGACGCUCUGUGCCACCUUAUAUUCUCUAAAUCGUAGCAAUCUCAUGUCGUCUUGGCAAUCGUCACAAGCAGUUAAUCCAGGGCAAGCUCAAGAUCGGUUCUCCACAAACCAAGUUGAAAACGACUAUGUACUCAAUAGCGACGAUGAUGAAGCAGUCUCAUUGUCCGUCGAUAUGGAACACUAUCAUCAUCAUAUGAGCUCCGCCACUUAUCCAGUUGUCGCUCCAUUGCGGGAGCCGACACCGCAAAGGCCGCCGUCUCCACCCAAGGAUGCGGGGCCAACGAUCAUAUUGCGGACCCAAGAGGGAACGGAAAUGGCCAUAGAUGGAGCAUUGGCUAUACAUUGUACACGUCUCUCGCGAAAACUGCGACUAUUGGAUGCUUACGAUAGCCUGACGGUAACGGUUCCCUUCCGUAAUGAAAUUGUCGGCAUGACCCUGGAGUUCUGUGCUCACCUUCGACAGAAAAUGCUACAAAGAGCCACUACCUCGAACUCCAUUAUGCCUUCCAAUGCAGUUUUGGUUGAAGAUAUUGGGUCGGGCGAUUCUAGCGAUGUGUGCGAUGACUGGGAAUUUUCAUAUAUCGCUCAAGAAGCCGACGGUCGAUUGGUGGUGGAAUUGAACGCAGCUGCCCACUUCUUAGAAAUCGCCCAUUUACGGGAUCUCACGACGAUGAAGAUUAUGGUCAUGAGCGCUAACAAAUCGCCCGCAGAAAUAGAGGCUACCUUUGGGUUUAGUGGGGCUCAAUCUGGUGAAGACGUUGUAUCUGCCUUAACCAAAACAAUGGAAGACUUGAAAUGGUGAAUUUUAUCAUCGGAGAUUUCUUUGACCUCCCCACCCCCUCCCCCCUUCUCCUCCAACUUGCCUAAAUCACCGUCUCAUGUCGUUAUUACGGACAGUCUUCAA